GAAGUCGAUCGAUUUUGUUGUUGACAAUGGCACUAACAUCAGGACUGUGUUCGCAAUAUCGCGCUAACAUACCACUUCUCUACAUGGCUUGCUCAAUUGGAGUUGCCAAUACAAUAUCUGCGUCGUCGAUACUGGAAAUACUUCAUUCACUCUGUUGAAAAGAAGGAUCUUCAUCACAAGUGCACAGUGAAAAUCUACAUCAUCACAAGCUGCAGGCACGUGGCUCAAUGUAGUUUGAAUAGCUUUGGUCUUUGUGGACCACACUAGCUCUCAAAACAUCUCAUCCUUUUGAUAAUUUCUGGUCUGUCUACGCCCCCAACAUGGCGCCGGCCCCCAGUAAAGCGAACAACACUGCAGACGCAGAGCGAGUUGUGUUACUUGGGGAUUUGAGCGUCCAGUUGCCAAAGCAACGCUCCAAAGUCGUCCGGAUAUUCACCAGUUCAACAUUUACAGACACCUCCACAGAACGUAACGCUCUGAUGCGCGAAACGUACCCGCGUCUGAAGGACUACUGCAAGUUUAACCAUGGCUUGGAGUUCCAGGUCAUUGACAUGCGAUGGGGGGUACGUGACGAAGCCACGGAUGAUCACAUGACGGGACAAUUAUGCAUGGCGGAGAUCGCCGCCUGCCAGCGACUCUCUGUGGGUCCAAACUUUGUGACGUUCCUGUGUCAAAAGUACGGGUACCGACCAUUCCCGCCCAAAAUUGAAAACGACGAGUUCAAAAUAUUGCGCCAAACAUUGGUUGACAAUGACAAGCCAAUGGAAACGCUCGACACGUGGUUCAUCCGUGACGACAACUGCGUCCCGCCUUUGUACGUCCUUCAACCAAUCAGCUCCAAGCUACCAUACUUCAAUCGACAAGACGAACCGGAGAAAAUGAAAGCGAAUCAGGGAGAAUGGUGGACAACGUUUGAGUUAAUCCAGGGCCAGUUGCGCUUCGCUGCUAACGAAGCAGAGAAGCAAGGACUGCUAACGGCAGAACAGGCCAGGAAAUACAGAAUUUCAGUUACCAAUGACGAGGUUGAUCACGCCCUUUCGAUGGUAACGUCUGCCAUACAGGAGCAUUGCUUGUGCUUCAUCCGAAAAUUCAGCGAUUUAGAGAGCAAGAGUGAGACGAGAGAAGCCUCAAAGUUCAUUGAUCUGCAGGCUGGGAAGGUGGACACCGAAGCACAAGAAUUACUUUCUGAUCUGCGUGAUAAAAAAGUUGCCCAAGUACUCCCACCAUCCAAUAUAAUCUUAACAGAGCUUGGCGAGUGGACGAAGGAUGGGGUUAGUCUUGAGAAUAAGAAACAUCGAGAGUACAUAAAAGGUUUCCUGGAUACUUUUUACACCAGGAUGGUAAACAUGAUAGAUACUGGUGUCUUCAAGGAGAAGCUUGAUAGUCUGGAAGAUCCCUUACACCAGGAGGUUCUGCAGCACCUGUCUUUCUGUCUCACCAAAUGUGUUGGGUUCCAGGGUCGCGAUGAUGUCAUCAAGAAGGUGGAAGACUACGUCUUGAGACGAGUGAAGGGUGAUAACGGGAAAGGUGGUGUUCCGAUGGUUCUACACGGAGAGUCAGGAAGCGGGAAGACGUCCAUCAUGGCAAAGUGUGCAGCUCUUGUCAAGCAGUCGUGGCUUCCAGCAGGCUCCGGCACUGCCAUGGUGCUACGAUUUCUUGGUACAAGUCCAAAUACCUCAUCCAUACAACGAGUUCUGACAACACUCUGCAAACAGAUACUGCAGGUGUAUAAUGAGCAAGACUUCCAAGUUCCUACUGAGUAUAACAAACUUAUUACCGCCUUCUCUAAAGUCAUGAAAUUCGCCACGGUUGAAAAGCCCCUUGUCAUUUUCCUUGACUCACUUGAUCAGUUGUCAAGUGAACAUGGCGCUCAUCGAAUGGUUUGGCUCCCGAAGGUGUUGCCACAGUACGUCGCUCUCGUAGUUUCCACACUUCCAAGAGAGCAUGGCAUCCUGGAAACAGUCAAGGAAAGACUCCCUGACUCAUCUCCAUACAUUAAAGUGGCGCCCUUUUCCCAAGAGGAAAGCACCGGUAUUUUAAAGACCUGGUUAACCUCUGUCAAAAAGAACAUCACGAGCUCUCAACUGGAGCUGAUUGAUAAGGCAGUGGCGGAGUGCAGCCUUCCUCUGUUCCUUAAACUUGUCUUUGACCAGGCCACGCAGUGGCAUUCUUACCAUGCCAUGGAUAGAUGCAUUCUCAAGACAAGUAUCCGAGACAUGAUCAAUCUGAUAUUCGGCAGACUUGAAGAGUAUCACGGUCAAAUACUUGUGUCUAGAGCCCUUGCUUACAUCACCUUGUCGCCUACCGGUCUCACAGAGACCGAGCUGGAGGAUCUCUUGUCCUUAGACGAUGACGUCUUAAAUGAUGUCUAUCAAUUCUGGAUGCCACCUGUUCGUCGAAUCCCUCCAUCCCUGUGGACAAGAGUCCGAAAUGACAUCAGUUCGUACCUAGUCGAUAGAGAUGCAGACGGUGUGACAGUGAUGUAUUGGUAUCAUCGUCAGUUCAUUGAGACAGCCCGUCAGAGGUACCUCCACGAUGCCAACUUAAAGAAAAAGCUCCACAAGAAUUGUGCAGAGUAUUUUGAAGGAACCUGGUCUGAUGGACGAAAGAAACCAUGCCGAUAUUCUGCUCUGCAAGUCGAGCGUUUCGGGGUUCCAGCUGAAGCAGAGGAAGAUCGUAAAGUCUCCAGCCAACCACUGACUUUCUCGGGUGCUACGGGAAAAGCGAAAGCCAAUCUGAACUUCAACCUCCGAAAGCUUACACAACUACCUUUCCAUCUGACAGAAGCUGAGGAUUGGGACACACUGAAGACAUCUGCACUCUUUAAUUUCGACUUUUUGCUGUGCAAGGUCAAGGCCCUCUCCAUGCAAGAUGUCCUGGCUGAUUUCUGCAAUGCUGAUGAGAAGACAACUGAUGCGGAGAUAAACAUACUGCUUGGCGCCUUACGACUCUCUUCUUCAGUCAUCUCAAAUGAUCCUGACCAAUUGGCGCCAGAGGUCAUGGGAAGAUUGAUGAACGCAGCCAACAAGUUUCCAAGAAUAAAGUCCCUCGUCGAUCAAGCAAAUAUGAGAGGGAGCUUGUCUCUCCCGUGGUUGCCAGUCAGCACAUGCCUCCAACCUCCAGGGGGAAUGAUGCUGACGUCACUAGAGGGCCACACAGAGGAGGUAGUUUCCUUGGCAAUCACGAGUGACUCCCGUUUGGUGCUAACUGGCUCCAGGGAUAACACUGCUCGGAUCUGGCAGAUAGACAACGGCACUUUGGUACACACCUUGACAGGUCAUAGAGAAACCGUUUACGGGGUCGAAAUUGCACCGGAUGAUCAGAGUUGUGUGACGUACAGCCAUAUGGGAGAGUACAUGAAGUCGGGGAAAGUAUGCGUCUGGAAUAUGGAGACUGGAGAUCUUAUCCACCGCCUGAAAGGGCACACCGGGUUAAGCGAGUCAAACCUGGCCAUCAGUGUGGACGGGAAGUACGCCGUCACCGGACUGCGGACAAAAAUCGACUAUGAUGACCCUAACGAAGACACAGACUACGAGGAAGAUGAGAUCAUCUCUGAUUCAAAACGAAAACACAAGGCGGCAAAGAAAAAAGAGUUCAUUAUGGAGAGAGAAGAAUCAGAAGAGGAGGAUUGGAACGAGGAAGAAUACGACGAUGAAAGCAGACACGUCGUGAUCAUCUGGAACCUAGAGACUGGGAAAGUCAUGCACUGGUUGAACAAGCACGCAGACGAUAUAAUGGGCGUCCUUACAACUGAAGUGGAUGACCGACAAGUGGCGAUAUCUUUUUCCCACGAUGACGUGCUGAUUCUCUGGGACAUGCUGAAAGGUGAACCGAUCCGCGAGAUGCAGCGCCAAUUGUUCGACAAGGUGGCGCUUUCCCAAGAUAGGCGACUUCUUGCUGUCCACGGCACUGAAGUAUCUCUCUAUAGCUUCCCCGACUUGCAACAUCUGGGGGACUCCAGCAACCCCGAGUCUAGCUCCCCCGUCAAAGCCAUGUACAUCACGAGAGACAACUCUCGCGUGAUUUCCGGUGGAUCCUCUGGUCACGUGAAAAUGUUUGGGACUGGACAGGGCACAGAGAGAACGCUUCUUAAGCUACAAGAUGGCUUCGGGGGAGAUGGUGAUGUCACCUGCAUGGCUGUUACUCCGAACGAAAUGUACGUUAUUGCUGCACUGAACAUGUCAGAAGCUGUGGUUCUGAACCUGGAAACAUUGGCAAUAGAGGUCAAACUUCCACACAUCUUAAAGGCAACGUCGGUUGCUGUGACACCGGAUGGUUCCAAGAUUCUCACGGCAUCGGAAGACAAGAACGUCCGUGUCUGGGAUGUUGGAAAUAUUAAGAACUCAACAUCGACUAAGGAGCCAGAAUUGAUGAUCAGUAAACACAACGGUUACACGUAUGAAGUAGUGACCCUGAAUACCGAGGACAAAGUAAUUACAACUGGAGAUGAUGGAACCAUCAAGCUCUGGGAUUUGAAGAGUGGGAAGCUGAUCAAAUCUCUCCAGGAUCCUAUGGAUGGAAACUGCAGAGCUGUCGCCAUCAGCAGUGAUGAUACCUUCAUGGUCGGAUCUAGCAACGGAUGGUAUGUACUUAGCCUUCCAGACUUUGCGGUCAAGGGCAAGUUCAAAGAGGAAUGGAUCACACCAUCUCAUUGUGUCAUCACCCCCGAUAACAAGAAGCUUGUCGCAGGAAUCGGUCAACCCAAGUGGGGAAUCCACAUCUUCCAUCUGGAAUCGGGGCAGACACAGCAAAUCAUCAAGUUGAAUUCUUGUGAGUUUCGCAUGCUGAGGAAUGGCCUAUUCGUCAACCAAUAUGCAUCGAGCUUGUACGACCCCUCAGGAAAGACAAAGAUACUCCAGCUUAUCGACAGCAGGUCGGGGCAAGUCGUUUCACAGCUUGGUCAUCAUGAUGAUGUAUUGUCCAUCGCCGUGUCGCCGGAUGAAAAGAGGCUCGUCGCCGGCUGCAGGGACCACGACGUUCACUUGUGGCACCUGGACAGCUUCUCACGCAUCACGGCGAUGAAAGGACACACAGAUCGUGUCACGUCAACCGCAUUCUCCCCCGAUGGAAACCUGGCGGCAUCUGGGGCCGAUGGCGGUGACGUCAUCAUCUGGGACGUCCAAUCCCAUUCCUUGAAGCAUUCCAUCAAGCAGGCGAACGAGUCUGAAGUCAGUAGUGUGAUAUUCAGUCCCGACGGCCGAUUCUUGGUGUCGAUUGGUGAGAAUGACAACUACAUUCAAGUGUGGGACACUAAGACUGGCAAGCAUGUGAUGAGGUAUCACACGUACGCAAAGAGCAGAUCCAUAGUAAUGUCCGCCAAAUGCAACACUGCUGUUGUAAUGCUACAGGAUGGUAGAGUUGCAUUUCUGAAAUUCUCAGCUCGUUUCCAGUCAGCGAGCACCAGCAAUGAGCAAGCAUCAAAUCUAAUCACUGAUGUCUCCAUGAGCACGCCCUCAACGAUGAAUCAAGGAAAACCAAAGCAAAAAGGUCUCACCGAAAGAAAAAGUCCACCAAAACCGAAGAGUAAAACUUGUCAAGUUCUGUGAAACCAGUAUCACAUAGAAAGACACAUACCAUCAGACUUCAGCAUUCUCUAGUACCAUAGCUAGCGUUAAAGGCAAAAAUAGUGUACCGUUAUAGUGUAACUCUACAACGGUCGCAUCUCUGCUAUAUAUUCUAUUAUUGCAUUUAAAAUUACCCGAAACGUACCAACUGAUUUUUCGAGAAAAACAUUUAGGAAUAUGGUACAAAAUAUAGUUUUGUACCAUUUUAGGGCAUAUGUGUGUCUGUGUGGCUUGAUUAUUUUCAAACGCAUGGAUGAGGUUUCAUUUAUAGUGUAUGAUUAGAAAAUUUGAAGAUCUCAUUCGCUUCAUAAAGAUUUUUUGUUGACCGCAAUUACCUUUUAUUUGAUCUUGCACCUUGCAUCUGGCAUUGGUGCACUCUCCUAAAAGCAAUGCUGCUGCCCUGGAGAGGGUGGUUUGCAAUUCCAUGAUGUGUGAUCUAGUGCAUGUGCAGUUGUGAUGCUUAUCGGAUGAUGGUAUUGUCAAUUUGUCCCGAGAGAGAUUGGUAGUUCCCUCCCUCUUAUAGGGAGUGCUUCUGGAACCCUCACAGAUUGGUCAAAGUGACCGCAGCCACUGGUAGCCAGUUCUAAAUCCAAACAGCUCUUGGGAAAGGGCUCUAGAGGUAGCAGUCCACUCUGGCGAGCAGGUUGCCUGUUGCUGUUGAUGAGGCUAUAUGUUGAUUUGCCUGGUUGUGUCGUCGGCUAGAUAGUAUGUUUUGGAUGAUGUUCGCAGGAGUAGUUAUAUUUACUUCGCCAUGUAGAAUUUUGUAGAGGGGAUCAACCUGAUGGAGGAGACGUCUGUCAUGUAGGGUUUCCCAUCCCAGGCCAAUGUUGAUUGGCCUGGUUGUGUCGUCGGCUAGAUAGUAUGUUUUGGAUGAUGUUCGCAGGAGUAGUUAUAUUUACUUCGCCAUGUAGAAUUUUGUAGAGGGGAUCAACCUGAUGGAGGAGACGUCUGUCAUGUAGGGUUUCCCAUCCCAGUGAUGUCAGCAUGUCAGACAUACUUGAAUCGCGGUGGUAGUCCUUCAUGCCAAAAACGUGCCGAUUUGGCGUCGGACACUCUCAACUAUUCCGAUGUCGCUGUUUGGGUUUUGGUUCCAUGCAAAAAUAUUAAGUUGUGGUCUUACUAGAGUGACGUCUUCAUAAAAUGAAGUCACUACAAUGAUGCCAUUUCUUGGAUCAUGGAUCUGGCUUUUAUUUCAUACUAGGUUUCAUAUUAACGUUCAUGUCAAUUUGUUAAUGACACGGCUAAAUUCGUCAGUGUGGUUCUAAUCGUGACAUUGCAGGCAUGUUGGUAUAACAGUUUUUAUUAUGUUAAAUUGUCAUUAUUAAUACUGGCUACGACCGCUCUAAGCACUCGUUUAACCGCAGGCUUUUGGUUUCAACUUCCAGUAAACCUGAGAAUAUUUACGGCUGCGAAGGCCGAUCUGUAAAUAAGCUCAAAUGACCGUUACACAGACUCGGACAUUUUGAUGUUCGCGGACAAAUCUUUGAACAUCAAUUUCUCCCGUUUUGAAGACCGUAUCUUCAUGCCACCGAGUUUGUCUCCCUUAAUCCCUUCAAAUAAUUCAAGGCGAUUUUUUUUUCACUGACAUGAAGUUCAUGAUUUCUUUUAGAACUAUUAUAAUUUUACGGAAGACGGAUAGUGCCA